AUGUAUAUCCUGCCAACAAUAUGGACUAUUGCAUUAACCAUCUUGUCUGUUUGCGACAUUCAUGAAACCUCUGCUAAAGAUGAUCCACGAUGUCCCUCUGUCUGCAAAUGCUACCCAUGGCCUCCACGAGUUCAUCCGGCUAAAAUGGCAGCAAAUUGUUCCGGGCGGGCGCUCAAAGCACUCCCAGCUCACUUUCAGCGCCAUUUCGCAUCUCUGGACGCAUCAUUUAACGACAUUGAAGAGCUCUCGAACGAUUUCUUUGGCGAUGCAAAGAUGGUGCUUAGUAAAAUAAAUCUCAGCAAUAAUAGCAUUCACACAAUUGAUAGUAGAGCUUUCUCAAUGCUUCCAGAUCUGUGGAUAAUGAAUUUGACUGGAAACAAAAUACGGCAUCUGCAUCAAGACACUUUUAAAGUCAACACAAAACUUUGGUAUCUUAUACUCAGAGGAAAUACCAUCAAUUUUAAUCAAUCGACAUUUUUAAAUGCUCCGCAGAUAGGGAAAUUAGAUCUUAGUUACAAUAAUCUACAUGAACUGGGAGACAAUACAUUCAACGAAAUGCCUAAUAUAGUUUAUUUACGUUUGCAUAAUAAUCAAUUUAAAAAGCUUCAGAGUUCAUGGUUUCGUCCAUUACGGAAAUUAGAACGUCUGUUUCUGGAGCACAAUCAAUUAACAGUUCUAGACGUAAAUACAUUCAUACACUCACCUAAAUUGUUUGAAUUGAGUUUAAGCUGGAAUAAAUUGUUAUUACCGUAUCACACACCUUUCUUAAGACUUCCAAAUCUUGAGUACCUUCAUUUGUCAGGAUGUGGCUUCGGGAAUAUUCCGUCUCAUAUAUUUGAAUUUACCCCUCGAGUGCGUAUGUUAUGGUUGAGUUCAAACAGACUAAGUGCUUUGCCUCUAGAUAUUUUUAAUUACUUGGAGUCGUUAAUUUUCUUGGAUGCCUGUGACAAUAACUUACUCUGCUCCUGUGAAUUGAAGGAAGUCUGGGACUUGUGUCGCUACCGUCAUAUUGCUGCAGACGUGAGCUGUGAUGUGCACCUAUUGGAUGGCACGGGUGAGGGAGAGGGAGAGGGGGAGGCGCAAAACCAGACGGCCACCGCGGCUGGUGCUGGUGGUUGCUUCGGUCGCUGGGACGCCUUGGAAGAGAUGGUGUGCAACGCCACCGACAGACCUUCGCUUCCCGCGCCCUCCAAGGACACUAGCGUGGAGCAGCUGGCCCUAUACGUCUCCAUCGGGGUGGUGCUGCUGCUGUCGUUGUGCAUCGUGGGCAGCGUCACCCUGUAUUGUCGCAAGUACAAGUCUGGCUGGACGAGCACCGUCCGGGGCGCUCACAAUCUAACGUAUCCUGACAUGAUGCCGUUGAACAUCGACCGAGAAGAAGCGACGUGA